CACAUUAACUUGGAGUGCGCGCUACCAAGUGCAACACGUCGCGGACGACAUAAUAUCGGUACUUUGCGGUCUAGAUUCGUCGGUCACACGUCGCCAAUAUCCCGUAUCCCAUAUCCCUUAGACCAGGAAGAGCCAACCUUUCUUGGCCAGGACAAAAAGGAAAACAAACGCAGCAAAAAGAGUGAAGUAAACAAGGAGCAGAGGCCAAAGAGGAGGCCCAGUGGAAAACUUGGACACAUACGUGCACGCCUAGCUUGUUGCUGGCUGUGGGCGUGGCAGAAAAACGAGGCGGACAACAAACAUACCAAUACACCCAUACAAUAGUAACAAUUCACAUGUGUCCUACCAGUGUGUCCCGGAAAUUUUUGUGCGGAAAUUAUAGAAAUUUCGCUUUUUGAUUUCAUUUUCGUUCCGCUUUCGUUGGCCUCCCACCCUGCACUCCUGCAGUCCUUCAGCGCUGCCUCUUCGUCCCGUUAUUGUGCACCUGAGGAAAUGCCCAAGGAGCCCACCUUGGCUGCCGUCGGUGUCCAGUUGGACUCGUCCUUGCACUGACAAAUUUCCUUGCAUAUCCGUUCGAGAACUGAACGAAGGCUUGCGAAACCGUUAUUUGCGUGGCGCGUCGCUGUCGCGUUCACUUGUCGCAUAUCCGUCGCCAUUUUGACAAUAAUUUCAUUUCCGGUGUGCAAUUUGUACGCACUUGAGUUGAGUGAUUAACUGCACCCGGCGAAGGCAAUAGUGAAGUGUUUUCUAUUCCAAGUUCUCCAGCGGUAGUUCGAAGAGGAGUAGAAUUUUCGGAUAAGCUCACUUACAAGAACAAGCACAAUCCUGAGAGUCAAGUGGAAUCCCUUGUUUAGCCAACAGCCAGCCAUCGAGGCUCCCCAGGCGUGCGCCAUGUACGAGAAUUCCUGUUCGUAUCAGACGGCGCUGGACCUGAAGCGAGUCUCUCCGCCCUCCCUCGCCCAGGUGAAGACGGAGGACUGCCUGACCCUCGGCCAGUGUUCGCCGGACUGGACCUCCUACCGCUUCCACCAGUCCACAUUUGAGCAGCUAAAGCAGAGCGUAGAGAAGGCCAAGGCAGCGUUGCAGGAUCGCAGCAGUUUUUUCGGUGCCGGUAGUGCGUUUAGUGACAUUUACUCCAGCCAGCGUUUAACGGAUAGCUUGGACACUCUGCCCGUUCAGUCUGGCAAUGGAACCGGUAACUGUCUCGGCCUCCCACACAAUCCCAAUGUCGGUGUGGGCGUCGGUGUCGGUGUCGGUGUAGGCGUAGGCGUGGCUGGGGUCCUUAACUAUAAUGCGGUUAGUAGCAGUACUGCCGGAGUCCUGGGCAGCAGCAGCGGCGUGGGCAGUGGGAGCGGUAGCAGCUUACAGCGGCACCGGUUGGACACGUUGCAACCACCCGCCGGGUGCUCACCUGCCGGCACCCAGCACGGUGUCAUCACGUCCAGCGCCGGACAAGUUUCGUCCGGAGCUUUGGAUGCGGUUAGUGCGGCUCCGGCUCUGCCAUCGCUAACGGCCUCUAGUUCGUCGCACGUGGAGCACAAAGUCAGGACAGAUAAAUCCUCGCUGGACUGCGCCACCACAUCCUCGCACUCCGCCGUGCCCUCGUCCUCGUCCUCGAGUGCAGACCAGCAGCAGGGCAGGAUCAGUGGCAGCAAGAGCAAUAGCAGCUCCACAGGAGGUGGCGGAGGAGCAGCAUCUGGAGGUGGAGGAGGAACAGGAGCCGGUAACUCUGCACUCUAUUCCUCAUACAAAUCGUCGUGGGGCUCCCACAGUUCGACACAAUCACAAGGCUACAGCUCCAACGCCCUGAGCAUCAAACAUGAUCCCCACUCGCAACUACGGCAACCUGAUCCAUAUCAAAUGUUCGGACCCACCAGCAGCAGACUGGCCAGCUCAGGCUCCGGCCAGAUCCAACUGUGGCAGUUCCUGCUCGAACUGCUCUCGGACUCCAACAACGCCAGCUGCAUCACCUGGGAGGGCACCAAUGGCGAGUUCAAGCUCACCGAUCCCGACGAGGUGGCCCGUCGGUGGGGCGAACGCAAGUCCAAGCCCAAUAUGAACUACGACAAGUUGAGCCGUGCCUUAAGGUACUACUACGACAAAAACAUAAUGACCAAGGUGCACGGCAAGCGGUAUGCGUACAAAUUCGAUUUCCAAGGCCUCGCCGCUGCCACCCAGCCGGCGGCCAGCGAUCCCACCUACAAGUACCAGAGUGACUUGUUCAUGACACCAUAUCACCACAGCGCCAAGCUCAGCUCGUUCAUGAGUCCGCAUCACGGGAUGACCUCAUCGUCGGCUUCCAUCUUCCCGUCGGCAGCCUCUUGGGGCAACUGGGGCAGCCCUGCCACCAACCUGUACCAGCCCCAUUCGAUGGGCCAUGUCACCCCCUCCCACGUGGCGCCCCACCUGAGCAGCUAUCCCCACUACGCAUGACC